AUGGAGGACUGGGACGAGCUCAGCAUUAGCCUACUAGUUUCGAGGCUGCGUCAUGUCUCCUACGUACACAGUAAGCUCACUCCAACCCCAUCCAUUUCUCUCUCACUUCUCAUUAACCACCUCCAAACCACGUCCUCCACCCACAACUUCGCAAAUCCAACAGCCGCAGCACUCGUCUACAACAUAUGCGACUACGCCCAAACCUUCGAGCUCGAAGUCGACUACAUGUGGCCGGGCAAAUGGACGCUCGUCAAGCUCGUCUACUUCAUGGGCCGGUAUGCGGGGUUGCUGGAUUACCCGUUGAUGUUUAUACAUAACCACGUCGGUGGACUAUCGACUUCGACUUGCUCAAUCAUAAUGCACAUCGCCUCCUGUUCCGCCCUAAUAGGCGCCUCAUUCGGCGAAGUCCUCCUCUUCCUCCGCGUCUACGUCCUCUCAGGGUGUAGCAGGCCCGUAGGAUGGUACUUGGGUAUCCAGUACUCCCUCCUCUUCACAGCCAUGUUCGUACUGGCCGUUCUCACUCUCAAAUCCGUCAUCUACACCCCCUCCCCCGUCCCAACACAUACAGGCUGCUACAUCCACUACGCCAGCAAAGUCUACAUCACAGCUCUAUACGGCCUCGUCUUACUUCAACAAACAGGUAAGCCAUUGUGA